GGCGUAACAAAGCUAUUGUCGCGCUUGAAAUGCUAGAUCUUGAACAAUCGUAAUCGAUGAUACUUGUAGAAACUGAUGGUGUUCCAUAAUUAUUAUUUGUACCUAUUCUGAAAAAUAAGACUAAUGAAAACAAGUGUCUUGCAGUUAAUAAUACUGUUGUCAGUCGGUGGUUCUAACAUAAUUCGGGGAGAUGAAACAACAGAAUGGGUUCAGCGAUUACGUUCUCUAUUGAAAGACUGUCCAGCUGUACCGUGGAAUGGUUCCAGUACAGAAGAAUUUCUUAUCAUUCUUCGUGAUUGUAUACAGCAAUAUGCAGUUCUGGCAUUCGACGCUUUUCUUGAGGAAAACGUGAUUCCAGUGUUUGAUGGUAUAAAUCUGAUGCGUCUCCAUAGAAAUGAUACAAACGUGACCAACGCUGAAUUUUCAAGCUCUCAGAUGAACGUUGACAAUGGUACGCAGAAGAAAGAAAGCUGGCCCAGGAUGAUUCUGAGUCGCGUAACACGCUUAUUUCAUACCCACGUACUGAAAAUAGACAUUGAUCAAGUCUUUGGUAACAGUAACUCAGAAGAGAAUAGUAUCAAAGAUGACUUGGACAGUAAUGUGGUCGAAGGACGAAGGCGUCGUAAGCAACGACACAUGAUGUCUAUGAUGAUGAUGGGCCUGCUCCUGAUGGGUUCUGUGCUGAUUCCAAUGGGUUUUCAAUUCCUAGCGGUGCUAGGAGGCAAAGCUCUUAUUCUCGCUAAAAUGGCUUUAAUAUUGUCAAGCAUACAAGGUCUAAAAAAAAUUGCUACCAGUGGCGUAAAUUAUGGGCUAUAUCACUCACCAAUUCCUGAAGGAUGGCACGAGAGGUCUCAUCACGAAGAACUGCACUCUCAAGAACCAUCUCCACCACGAAUGGAUCUUCCUUACCAAGAGUAUCGAACUCAUAUCCCUUCUUACAAUUAAGGGGACGUGAAAGCGGCAUCCGAAAGCUCAAUUGUUCAUAAAACUUUUCUACAAACUGGGU